UUUGUUUGUAUCGACAAGCGGUGGUUGACGGACGGACCAGCAUCAGGAAUGAAUCAAGUCAUCCAUCAGCAUACAAUGUCACUUCCCUCGCUGUGUCUGUCCAUCUGUCUGUCUAUAGUACAGGCCACUUGUACUUCAUGUGGAACCAGUUGAGGUCUUGUCUGUCGAGGGCCUUGAGCAGCUUUCCCAAGGCAUGCUCCUCACGAACCUCACGCGAGAUGAAUGCCUCACGGUCACGCAACGCCAGCUGACUCGACGCACUCAACGCAUUGGGAUCGCCCUGAUGACAGACCAUACAUCACACAGACAGACAACACAACACAGACAACACACACACUCACACGUGAGAGCUCCCUCCACUCCUGUCCUCCCGGUUGCCCACCCACUUAUCCAGCUACCUGAUGGUGCCACGCGAAUUGGCACUCGCAGAACGUCUGAGACGACAUAGAGCCGAGGACGGCACUCAUGACGGGCCGUGGGUCCUUGACGUUGAAGAAGGUGAAUGAGUAUCGGUAGUCGCUGAAGACCCAGUGGCGGUAGCUCUUGGGGUGGAAGGGCCCCUUGAUGUAGGUCACGCGCCACUGCCGCCGUGCUUGGCGCCGGGGGGUGGGCCAGUCGAUGUGGUGCUCCGCCUUGGCCCACUCGAUGGUCCGCCGCAGGUUGUCGAUGGUCUGGUUCAGCUGGUGCUUCUCGCGCGCUGUGUAGAUGACACGCAGACGCGUCAGCUGAUAGUCAGUCGCCGCCAUGAGGCAGAGAGAGGGUAAGAAGAGAAGAGGUUGCUUCUAUGUCAUUCUCCUCGGCCGCUGCUUCUGGGAAGCUGAAAUGCGAAAUGCGAAAUGACGACCCAGGGUGGUGUGGUGCUGUUAUGCAGCUCGGCGAUGUAGAGAGGUCGACGGGUGCU